AUGAAUACUGCUGCCGUCCUGCUCCUGACAGUCCGGCGCGUGCCCCAGCCGACAUCCCCUCCUCCCCGCUUGACUCGCCCGGAGCUCCGCACCUCUGCGACGGGCUCUCACUGGGCUAGCUUUGAAACACUGAGAGUCGAGACUAGUCCAAACACAGCAGUACUGCUAUUGAGAUCCUCAGAGGAGGAGAUCCUCAUCAGAUCAUGUGAGGCAAUCUACAGAUUGCUUCGGUUAGCGGAACUAUGCCCACAAUGUAUGUCGGCCUCUGCUUAUUUUUGCCAUUAUCAAACUUUUAUUUUACAGAAUAAUAAUUGCAAUAAUGAAAGGACCAACCAGGAUCUCAGCGGUGAAUCCUGCAGACUGUUGGUUCAGAUUCAGGCUUAUCAUCUGGUCUGGAACACGCUUUACUACUUUUGUCGCUCCCUGUUGUCAGGAGAGGAGAACAACAUUUCUCUGCUGGGACUCGGGGCUCUGGAGCCUCUUUAUCAGCUCAUCAGUCACAACAAACAGAGGAUCAGACGCAAUGCCUUCAUGGUGCUGGGUACCAUGGCAACCACUGGGGAUGUCAGCAAUGCUUUGAAAAAGACAAUGUUAUUCCAUCCAUCAUCAGCAAACUGUCACAGAAGAGGACACAGUUGUCCUUUGAGUUGCCACCUGUGUCUGGCCUGUCUGUCAAAGGAUAUUGUCUGCAGUGCCCAGAUCUACGACAACCAGGGCUGCUGCCUCUAAUCCGUCUCUUGUCCUGCCCCAGAUCCAGAAUGGUCCAAAAGAACGCACAUCGAAGUCAUCAUAAACAUGGUUCAGGACUACAAAAGCCAGCUUGUGGUACCAGAUUUGGGAGGGACUCCUCUGCUCCUGGGUUUGUUGAAGUCAGAUUAUCCUGUCAUUCAGCAGUUGGCCCUGAAGACACUGGAGAACAUCACUGUUCAUAAAGGUGCACAAACCACAUUCAGGGAAGAGCAAGGGUUUGAGAAGAUAAUGGACAUCCUCAGCAACAAGGACUUUGGUGACCUUCAUGCUGGUGCCUUACAGGUAGUUGCUAACUGUGUGAGUGACAGUGAAUCUCUCCAGCUGAUCCACCAGAUGGGCGGGCUGACCAGGUUGAUGCAGUUUGUUGUCAAUCCCCCCAACCCAGAAAUCCAGUUAAACACCAUCAAGUGCAUCACCAGUGUGGCUCAGAGCUCUGAAAACCAUGAAGUGUUCCAUAAGGAGAAUUUGGAGGCCACACUGGUGGAGCUUCUGUCUGUGGAGGAUGCCAGCGUGAAAACAGCUGCUUGCCAAGCUGUGGCUGCCAUGAGCCUCCACGGAGUCAGUAAACAGGCCUUCAGAGAACUGGGUGCAAUCGCUGUUUUGAUGCAGCUGCUAAAGAGUGAGACAAUGGAACUGAGAGAGGCGUCAACCAUGGCCCUCCUGAACCUCACACAGAACAACAAAGUCAACGCUUUUGCAGUGCACGAGGUGGGGGGCCAUAAGAUCCUUGUCCAACAGCUUAGUGACAGCUGCCCCCAGACAGUGGCCCAUGCUGCUGCCACACUCGCCAACAUGGCCAACUAUGGCGUCCUCCGCAGCAGCAUCCUGUCACAUGGAGCCGUGCGGGCACUGGUGGAACCCCUGAAGUCAAAUAACGCACAAGUUCUGCAAAACGGCACGCUGUGCCUCGCGCAGCUAGGAUGUGAAGCAGAAGCUAGAGCAGAGCUCCUAAGUGCUGGAGGUCUUCAACCAUUGGUCAGUCUGCUGCGCUCCAGUCAUAAGCAUGUGUUUCACAACACAUGUCUGGCUGUUAAUGUGUGUGCCAGUGAUGAAGCCACAGUUAUGGAGAUGUGCAGACUUGGAGCCCUGGAAUUGCUUCAGGAAAUCAAUGAGUCAGUUGAUCGCAGGAGCAGUUUCAGUCAGUUGGCGUUUGUAGGAUUGCUAAACUACAACCUGCCCCUUAAAUACAGUCUGCUGGGCUGUUUGUCUGGCACCGACGUUAUUGCUGACGGCUUCUACGAUGCUGGACAGGCUCGUGCAGGUCAAAGGGUUCUGACUUUGGCAGAACUGAUGGAGCAGCCAGUUGACCAGCGGCGGCCCGCCAUCGUUAUCAACGCGGCACCAGAGAAGAAGAAGGACGAUGAGAAACAGAAGGAAGAGUCCUGGUCUCAGUCUCCUUCUCAGGCGCCAUUAAAGCUCAUGAACGAUGUGGCUUUGCAGGCUUUAGUCCAGGAGGCCAAAGAGUCCAUCCUCCCACUGAUGAAUGGAGAGGAGCAGUGCUCUGCACUGGCCAGGAUGGUGAGUAAAGCUAUGGGCGGUGCUGUGGAGAGGGAACAGUUGCAUGAAUUCCCAUGGAUCCUGCACCUCAGCGAGCUCAAGUUUCAGCUUCAGUCUAAUGUCGUACCCAUUGGAAUGAUCUCUUUGGGAAUUUACCGCCACAGAGCGCUUCUCUUCAAGUGUCUGGCUGAUCGCAUCGGAAUGAGCUGCACACUUGUUAGGGGCGAGUACAACCGGGCGUGGAACGAGGUCCUGGUUCUCAAAGGGGAUCCGUUCAGUCCGGGGCACGCUUCACAGCCCACUGCCUACAUAAUUGACCUCAUGCACCAACCUGGAAGCCUUUUGAAACCUGACAGCCCUGCUGCCAUACAGUACCAAAAUAUAUAGACAAGGACACCAUAUUCCCCUUAGGGGGCGCUGUAAAACUAUGUUUAAAAAAGCUAUUAUUAACAUUUCCAGGUCUGGCCUGUUUGUUAUAAUGCUGCUGUCCAUAAAUAAACAGUGCUUUGAGCUAAUAAAAGUGCUUAAUGACUAAUUUAAUUAC